AUGGGGAAGGCAGGAGCAAGCUCUUGGUUGACUGCAGUUAAAAGGGCUUUCCGGUCCCCAACAAAAGAAACCGAUAAGAGAAGCAGUAGCAGGAGAAGAGAAGAACCCGAACAGGAGGAGGAGGAGGAAAAGAGGAGGGGAAAGCGAAGAUGGAUUUUCAGGAAGCCGUUGGGUCAAGAAACAGUAGUCACUCAGCUUUCUGAGGAAAGAACUAAAACCACUACUGGUGAUAUUACAGCAACAAGUAGUAAUGUUUCUGAAGUAGUUGACGCUGAUCCGCAAAGGCACGCAAUUGCAGUAGCCAUGGCAACUACAGCGGCUGCUCAGGCAGCCGUAGCAUCUGCUCAGGCAGCCGUGGAGGCUGUACGGGUUGCAAGGUCGUCCAUCUUUGUCAGACGCCACCAUGCUGCCACGACUAUUCAAACAGCCUUCAGAGGUUAUCUGGCGAGAAGAGCACUUAGGGCACUUAAAGGGUUAGUAAAGCUGCAGGCAUUAGUGAGAGGUCAUAAUGUCCGCCAGAGAGCGAAAUUUACCCUUCAGUGCAUGCAAGCCCUUGUUCGAGUUCAAAUUCGGCUAUGUGAACAACGAGCUAGGAGGAUUUCUCAACAUGGAAGCACUGAUUCCAGACUAAGUGACUGUGAUUCCUCUAAUAAUAUAUGGGGAUCACAUUUAGUUGACAGCAAGUCCAUUUGUAGAGAUGAUGAAGCACAAACCGUUGACAAGAUUCGAGCUUCUCUUAAGAAAAAGAAGGAAGUUGCCUGGAAACGUGAAGAAGCUCUGGUUGAUGCUUUCUCUCAACAGAUAUGGAGAACUCGCGGGGAGCCCAGCGCGAGUGAGGGAGAGGCUGAGGAAGUCUCUAGAUGGUCUGAUCCAUGGACAGGAAGAAGAAGAAGCUUGAACAGAGAGAGUACAGGUAGAGCUUCGUGUGAUCAAAGAGACCCUAUUAAAAUAGUUGAAAUAGACACAUUUAGACCCUACUCCAAUGCCACGAGGUCAUCAUCUUGUGGGUAUAAGCCUCAGUUCAAUUCUUCACUUAGAAGCCAUACCCUUCCUUUGUCUUCACCGGUGCAUAAAGCCCAGUGUGAAGCCUCAUCACCAAGAAAGACGAAGCAGCAUCUUCAGGUGCAUUCAGCUAGUGGUCCUCGUUGCACCACCAAGUCCAUAUAUUCAAUGCAUGAUGGUUCAGUGCCUAACUAUAUGGCUGCCACUGCUUCUGCCAAGGCUCGACUUCGCUCAUUGAGUGCACCCAGGCAGAGGACUUCAAGCCCACAAAAGCAGCAACACUAUAAAGCUCAAAUAUUUGAUUAAAAUAGUAUUUCUUUGUCCAACAUUG